AAUCCAACACGACCUUCUAAGAUUUAAGGCGAAACCAUCUUCUUUUAAUAUCCUCAAAAGCCUACCUUCAGCUCAUUUCCCGUCAAUCUUUCCCAACCAUUCAUUGGCCACACGUGUCUUCCUCUCAUGCGAUGCCGGCUCCCCACUUUCCCUACUCCUUCCCACAUUUAACCAUACCCCUUCAAAAUUAAAAAAUGUAAAUCUUCCAAGAUCAUUUAUAUUUCCCCAACGACCGCCUUCAUAUUUAAACACUUUAUCGAGUUUUUUUUUUCUUAUUCUUUUUCAAUUCCGAUUUUGUAGCUUCUUAAAAAUCAACGAAUUUGUUGCUUCCUUGUUGGGAGAGUCUCUGCCCAACCAAACCAGUUACCACGCUCACCGGAUUCUUUCUUUUCUGUCUCGGGUUACUCCGCCGAACUUCUCGCCAACUGCCAUUUAUUUGCUCAAAAACGCCGUCGUUUUUUAGAAUAUUUUUGUAACCGUCUCCGCAAAUUGUUCUCACGGGAAAACAAAAAAGAGAAGAAAAGAACUCUUCACUUUCCAUCUCUAUUUCUCAAAACUGGCAAUCCAAGAACUUGAGAAAAAAAGAGAACCAUGAAAAGUUUAACUGCAACUGCCGUGCUCAGUCGCCACAUCACCUUUUCUCAAUACCAAGAUCUUCAAAGUCUUUCAUUUUAUUAAAAAUAAAUUUAUCCUAUGCAUCCUUUUUGCUGUAUUUCCACCGUAUCGGAUCAAUCCCCGGUCAAACCAUUAUCCGACCACGUCAUCAGCAUGUCUCCUCCUCCUGUAACAACUGUAACAAUCACUUCCUCUUCCGCUCCCACCACCAGAUCCAACUCUGCCCGAUCGACGGCCCAAAUCCAGUGCCAGUCCAAUCAAAACCAUCAGCAUCACCAUCAUCGUAGUAGAAGCGUGGAUUUGAAUCGGGUGAGCCAGAGAAACGGGAUUCCAUUGGGAAGAGAGGCUACGACGACUCCGGCUUCGGCUCCUCCGCCGCAAGUGGAUGUGAAGAUAAACGACAUCGUAGGGAACGGGAUAUCAGGAGUGCUUUACAAAUGGGUGAAUUAUGGGAAAGGUUGGAGACCGAGAUGGUUCGUUUUGCAAGACGGAGUUUUAUCAUAUUAUAAAAUCCAUGGCCCCGAUAAGAUCGUUGUUAGCCAAGAAACGGAAAAAGGAUCCAAAGUUAUCGGCGAAGAGUCUCUCCGUAUUAUCUCCCACCAUCGCAAUUCCAUUUCUCAUCAUUCCUUUACCCGUCGCAAACCCUUCGGUGAAGUCCAUCUAAAGGUCUCCUCAAUCAGGGAAAGCAGAUCAGAUGAUAAGAGGUUCUCGAUCUUCACCGGAACAAAGAGGCUUCAUUUAAGAGCUGAGACGCGGGAAGAUCGGGUUGCCUGGAUGGAGGCGCUUCAGGCGGUUAAAGAUAUGUUCCCUAGGAUGUCCAAUAGCGAACUCAUGGCUCCAAUGGACAAUGUGGCGGUUUCGACGGAGAAGUUGAGGCAAAGGCUGCUGCAGGAAGGGGUGAGCGAAUCGGCCAUCCAAGAUAGCGAGCAGAUUAUGAGGAGCGAAUUUGCGGCGUUGCAGAGCCAGCUGGUGUUGCUUAAACAGAAACAAUGGCUUCUCAUCGACACCUUGCGUCAGUUAGAGACAGAAAAAGUUGAUCUGGAGAAUACAGUGGUUGAUGAGAGCCAAAACAAGUCGAAUGACCAAGGAGCUUCCUCUAUGAUAAGGCAAGACAAGUCUAGUGAAGGAAGCAUAACCGACUCAGAUGAUGAUAAUGAAAGAGUUGACGCUGCAGAAGAAGAAACAGAUGAGGAUGACCAUACAUUCUUUGAUACUCGCGACUUUUUAUCAUCAAGUUCUUUCAAAAGCAAUGGAUCUGAUUUCCGGACAUCAUCUUUCUCUUCAGAUGAUGAGGGUCUUCAUGCUAUUGAUUCUGAAGAUGACAUGGAUCCUUACAUUAAAUCAGUUGGAAGUAACUUUCCUUACAUUAAACGGCGAAAGAAGUUGCCUGACCCAGUUGAAAAGGAGAAGGGUGUAAGUCUUUGGUCAAUGAUUAAGGAUAAUAUUGGAAAAGAUCUUACAAAAGUUUGUCUUCCUGUUUACUUCAAUGAGCCUCUCUCUUCUCUUCAAAAGUGUUUUGAGGAUUUGGAAUAUUCAUAUCUACUUGACCGUGCAUACGAAUGGGGGAAAAGGGGGAAUAGCCUCAUGAGAAUUCUUAAUGUGGCUGCAUUUGCUGUGUCUGGAUAUUCUUCAACAGAAGGAAGAAUUUGCAAACCUUUUAAUCCAUUAUUAGGGGAAACAUAUGAGGCCGACUUCCCAGAUAAAGGCGUCCACUUCUUCUCGGAGAAGGUUAGUCAUCAUCCAAUGAUUGUAGCAUGUCAUUGUCAGGGUGCAGGAUGGAAAUUGUGGGGUGAUAGCAAUUUAAAGAGCAAAUUUUGGGGUCGCUCAAUUCAGCUGGAUCCUGUUGGUUUUUUGACCUUGGAGUUUGAAGAUGGAGAAGUGUUCCAGUGGAGUAAGGUUACAACAUCAAUAUACAAUCUCAUACUGGGAAAGUUGUACUGUGAUCACUAUGGUACCAUGCGAAUAGAGGGGAAUCGUGAAUAUUCAUGUAAGCUUAAAUUCAAGGAGCAAUCUAUCAUAGACAGAAAUCCUCACCAGGUACAUGGUAUAGUUCAAGAAAGGAAUGGAAGGACAGUGGCUACGUUAUUUGGAAAAUGGGAUGAGAGCAUGCAUUAUGUGAAUGGAGAUUGUUCUGCAAAAGGAAAAGGACAAGAGUCUUUAUCGGAACCUCAUCAGCUUUGGAAGCGGAGCAAGCCUCCUAAAUAUCCCACCAGAUAUAACUUAACACGUUUUGCCAUAACCUUGAAUGAGCUCACGCCUGGUCUGAAGGAAAAAUUGCCUCCUACAGAUUCAAGGCUGAGACCUGAUCAAAGGUUUCUGGAAAAUGGAGAGUAUGAAAUGGCAAAUUCAGAGAAGUUGCGGUUGGAGCAGCGGCAACGGCAGGCUAGGAAGAUGCAAGAGAGAGGUUGGAAGCCAAGAUGGUUUGAAAAGGAUAAAAACAGUGGCGCUUACCAUUAUAUCGGUGGAUAUUGGGAGGCUAGAGAGCAGGGAAAGUGGGAUUCAUGUCCAGAUAUUUUUGGCCAAAUCCCUUCUGAUCAGAUCCUUGACUAAAGUGCAUGUUGCCUAUCUUUUUCUUCUCCAUUCUUUUUCAAUUUUUUCACGAGAGAUGCCUCAUCCACUGGGCCAAGAAGUAUGGUAUGCCUCGUGACAGCAACAACGUAAGUAGAUUGAAAAAGGUUUUAGAAAAUAAUAGAAGAAUAUUAUUUUUCCCAUACUCUUGCUUCUCGAUUCAUAUCUGAUGAUGUGAGAGUGACCCAAGAAUUGGGUUACGGUUGCGAAAUUUUCAUUGUAACAAACGAUGGGGACUUUUGACAGAAUUCUAUUGAUACAGAAUACAAGAAAAAUUUCCCGAACUCAACUUCUAAACCAAGUUUAAGUGGAGAUACAUAGUCAUUAAUGUCCCUCAUUUUUAGCAUUCAAGUACAUAGUUUCCGACAUUUAUUGGUGGGAAAAAAAAAGCGUAUGUUAUUCUUGGUUUUUGAUUUAUGAUGAAUCCCAAAGGACAUUGAGACUUUGAGAGGACACAGUGGCACAGAGUCCAAGUACUUAUUGUUGCGUUUAUCAAAUU